AUGCCUCGCCUCAACAGGAGUUAUUCCAGAAGUGCCACUAGCCUGCGCGAUAGAAUACAAAGACUUCCGCUAGCUGAGCCGGCAAUUGCCACACGCCGCCCUAUUAGCCCGGCACCGUCGUCCACAUCGCCUACACAGCAACAGGGCGAAGCUAAUGCCCAAGAACAGAGGCCCCAUGAAGCUCCUCAUGGUGGGCUCCCUCCGCUAAGCCCCCCAGUCAGUGAACGUGAGGAAGGUGCCCCAUUGAUGGCCGCUCUACAGCCGGAAGAUCUCGGCAAAGCCACAGCCCUCGGACUGUUCAACAAACCUAGAACUCAAUACGAUGAAAGUCAGUUUAGUCAACGCCAACUUCAGAUGCACGAGGGACGGAGCACGCCGCCAUUGUCGCGACCUUCACUUCCCGGACGGACUAUUUCCCAGGAAAGCACUGGACGUCCCAGAGGUCUCUCGAACAAAAGCUACCGGCCACGAGCUGGUUCUGCAACCUCACACUAUAGCGAAGCCCAGCGCCCAGGUAGUCGAUCCGCUGCCACGAGUGUCUAUGAAUCCCCUCGCCGAAACAUCAACGGUACUUUCUUCGCCAACAUGAGCCCCAGUGAUUCUGAAGAUGAAGAGGCCGAGGCUGUGCUUGAGCUGGCCAAUGGAGUAAUAGCAGAUGACUUUGUGCAUCCUGCGCUUCGGUCCGAAACGCCACAAAAGCCAUCUACACCCACAAGUGAAGGAGCACAAGAAGAACAAAGCCCCUUGCCUGAAGUGCGGCUUUCGGACCUGGGUGAUUUGAAACCCAUAGCCGAAAACGAUAUUGCUGAAAAGACCACCAAUGACGGGAAAGCCGUUCCUGAGAAGCCUGAUUCGCCCACCUUGGGACCGUCUGGCUUGGGCCUGAGUGGCUUAGUUCGUACCCACUUGCGGCACGACAGUGACAGAUCGUCCAUCUUCCCACCACCCUCCCCCGGUCUUCCAUUAAAGCAGAUGGAUGACGAGAGAGACAAAGAAACGGACACGGACGAUUCUGUUUCACAAGAGCAUAAAACACCCAGGAAAAACAUUGACCCGUCGGAGCUUCUCAACGGCUCCUCCUGGCAAGGCGAGCUAGUGGCGAGGCACAGGCGUCAAGCAAGCACUGACACUCAAAGAGAACGCGAAGAGUUCGAGAUCGAGCUGGCGGAGAGGCGGAGAAAGGUGCAGGAGAAGCUGAAGGGAAUGGCCGAGAAUGAAAGCAGAUCAGCUAGCCCUGUCUCAGGCCGCCAGACCCCUGAUUAUACACAAGCCAAGCCCGGAAAUGCAUUUUCUCUGCUGAAGAGUAAGUCUGGAAAGCACAGUUUGUUUGGCAGACAGGACCAGAGAAACCCGAAGUUGCUCGGCCUGGGUAACGCUUCUACUCCAGCAUUGGGAAUGGAUGAUCAAUGGCGCGAGGAGGAAGAAAGGCCAUCGUUCAGCUUUGGAAAGCACUCCAACUCAAGCUCUCCCCAUGUCUCUUCAGAGCGUUCCAUACGGUCUCGCAUGUUUGGCCGCAGCAGCCAAGAGGACUCCCGUGAGUCGAGCCGUAGCCGUGGAGCAUCACCGCAUUCAAGUUUUGGGUCCAGGCGGGAUCGCUCCACCUCCGACGCUUCUGGUCGCUCUAAGAGUCGCACUCGGCGGGAGAGGGAUGAUCUCGGGACUGUAGAGGAGUCUGAUCCAUAUGAACACUCCGCGUUCCCAGACUUCGACCAGCGCGGCUUGACAUCUGUGGCUUCUUCCGCCCGCCAAUCUGUGGAGGUCAAUGAUACAAAUAUGUACGAUCGGUGCUCAUCUGCUGCAUCUGGAAGGUAUCGCAGCGGCAGCCGGUCUGGAACACCAAGCUUUGUCGAAAGACCACUCCAUCCGCCUGCGCUUAACCCACAGAUGAUUGGUGCCCCGCCGCGACCUUCACCCAUUGCCCCUUACUCUGCCAAUGCUACCCCGCCAUUGUACGAGAUCUCCCCUGAUCCAUCUUCUAGCUCGGCAUCGCUUUCGACAACCAGCCUCCCUCAGCGGGCUCCUGGGCAUAAUGGUGGCCUCCAGAAGCGACCCAUCGAUAAAUAUCAAAUUUCCGAGCCCACUUUCGUGUCCACCACCUCGAACGUUCCAACUGUCGGUCUUCCACCUGGAGCGAGCUUGAGCAAUGGCAUGUCAACACCUCCUGUUCCUCCCAUGAACCCACGCCGUCGCCGCCAAACCACCACCCAAACCAUCCUUGGUGCGAUCAGGGGCGAUAAGUACGAGUCGCAAUACGUCCCGCCUCAGUACGCCCCCUCUCAGUACGCUCCUUCGACAGCCCCAUCGACAGCCGGUAGUGUUGUGGAAGAGUAUAGCACAUUUUCCGACGAGGGUGAAAGACGGCCUAGGACACGAAGCAGGCUGCGCAAAACUCUAGCGAAGGCGGAGAUCUGA